AUGGCAGCCUUCCAGGGGGGGCCGGGCGGGGGACCCCAGUGUGGCAGCAGCCUGGGGUGGGCUGGGGAAGGGCUGGCAACCAGUGGCAAGAACCGGCACGUGUGCCACGCGGCGGCGCGGCUGGAGAUGGGCAGCCUGUGGGAAGAGUUCAACCGGCUGGGGACGGAGAUGAUCGUCACCAAGGCGGGCAGGAGGAUGUUCCCCACCUUCCAGGUGAAGCUGUCGGGGCUGGACCCGCUGGCUGACUACGUCCUGCUGAUGGACUUCAUCCCGCUGGAUGACAAGAGAUACAGAUACGCCUUCCACAGCUCCUCCUGGCUGGCAGCAGGUCGGGCUGACCCGGCAGCCCCUGGUCGUGUCCACUUCCACCCCGACUCCCCGGCCAAGGGUGCCCAGUGGAUGCGGCAAAUCGUCUCCUUUGACAAGCUCAAGUUGACCAACAACCUCCUGGACGACAACGGCCACAUCAUCCUCAACUCCAUGCACCGCUACCAGCCCCGCUUCCACGUGGUCUUCGUGGACCCGCGGCGGGACAGCGAGCGCUUCGCCCACCAGAACUUCAAGACCUUCAGCUUCCCCCAGACCCAGUUCAUGGCGGUGACAGCUUACCAGAACCACCGGAUCACCCAGCUGAAGAUCGCCAGCAACCCCUUCGCCAAGGGCUUUCGGGAUGGUGACCCCGAGCCGUGGUGUGGGGUGGCAGCAGGCUCCCUGCUGGCUGCAAUGCCCCACGCCCAGACCACCCCCCUGCACCCCCGCCCCGAGAAGCAGGAGAAGAAAGGGGCUCCCCACAGCCAGGGGGCACUGGCCCCUCCACAACCAGCCCCCCCUGCUUUCCCCCCCGCUUUCCAGCCCCUCACCUGCCCCCCCGGUGUCUAUGGGGGGGCCAAGCCCCAUGCCCUGCCCUACCCCCUGCCCACCUUCCCCCCCCUCAGCACCUACAGCACCACCACGGCCCCCACCUUCAGCUACGGGCAGCAGUGA